AUGAUACCUGUUAUGGCAUACGUCGUUGGCGCCGUCAUGAUUGGUGUGACAGAAGUAGUGGUGAGUUCUAUGUCAGAAGGUGAAGUGGGACUGGAAGACGGGAAUGGAGUUGUGGUAGAUGAUGUGGUAGUUUCUGUAGUGGUUGUGGCGACGGUGGUGGAGGUUGUGGGAGUGGUGGUGGUGGUGGUUGUGGUAGUGGUUGUUGUAGUAGGAGAAGUCUUGGAAGUGCUUGUUGUUGUUGUAGUCGUAGUAGUAGUAGUCGGCGUUGUUGUCGAAGAAGUAGUAGUGGUAGCCAGAGUUGUAGUCGAAGUAGUCGUACUUGGUGUUGUUGACGUAGUAGUCGUGGCAAUAGUCUUGGUUGUAGUCGAAACAUCCCCUACUGACCACUCAUCAGUCACGAAAGCUGGUAGAGUUGUCGAAGAGUUCGGGGACACCGUAGUGCGUGAGGGUUUUGCAUCCAUAAGACCCUCAAGCCUGUGCAACUCUUCAGUGACUGCUCCACAAUAUACUCCACUCCGUCGAUAA